AUGCUUUCUGCUGAAGUUGUUGAGGAUUACAUUCACUUUGCUAGGAGCUACAUGGAGGAGGCUCAGAGCUCUGUUGACCAGGACCCUACUAUCUCCCCAACCACUGCUACAUCAACCUUCUCCUCUCUGGACCUUGGCAGUGAUACCAUGUGCAGCACUACUUCCUACACUUCUGAUGUGCAUGCUGUCUCCAAGGAAGAGGCUGAAUUCUACUAUGCAGGCCUUCAUUCUGGGCCCACAUUGCUUUACCGCACAGGCAAAAAGUGGUUCCCACCCAGAGGACCUGAAGCCUAUCACUGUUUGAAAGAGCUGCGCCCAGUCUACAACCAUCUGAUUAUAACAGUCUGGAACAAUGACUUGGGCUGGAAGGUUGUUAAAGUUUUAGAUGCUCAUACAAUCCACUUUACAACAAUAGAUGUUGUUCGUUUCAAGAUGGCCCAGUUCAAUGAACUAUCUGAGGAUGAAAAAGAUGCUGAUGAAGAAACAGUACAGGCUAAGAAACCAGUUAUUGGUCCUGUCACUAUUUGGAUUGGUGUCAUCUCUGAGUCUACCUCUGCCACAGCUGCCCAUGAUGCAGCUCAGGACAUUCUAGCCCUUCUCAAGGACUAUCAGAUCACUGAUGUUGAUGUUGACUUCUGCGCGUUGCUCGAAUCGACGAUAAUACAGGGACUCACUCUGCUUACGAGCACACAGAAACACCGAUUGGAUUGCAAUUCGGAUAUUCCGACAUUGGAUCCAAGUUUCGGCCCUCUUGCAACGGGUUCACGCUUUAUGUCUACAGGGUCUCUGUGUAACGAAUGUCUCUUCUUUUAUCUCCCUGAAGCCAACGCGUAUGAUCAUGUUGAUGCGACUCGGAUUACCGAAGCGAUCAUGCGGCAACGGGGCCAUCAACACAUGCUCACCCUGCGUAAGCGCCAGGCAGUCUUCUCUUCUUCCUUCACUGCGUCCACGAUGGUUUCUCAAGACUUCGCAGCCAGAUGUCAUCCGACCUUCAAUACUCCAGGCGCCGACGCCGUUCUAUCUUCGCUAGACGAUACUUUAUACCGACUGCCAUCAUUCGUCUUGCGAAGGUCGACCGCGUUCUUCGCUUCGAGCUCCUUCACUUUCGGACGAGACAGCGAGCCGAUCCCCAUCCAUGAACACGAUGUUGUCUUGGAGCGACUGCUACGUAUUAUCAGCGGGCUCGAGAUCCCGCCUUGGCGCAAAUUUGAUGACCUCGAGGGUGUGCUCAGCCUAGCUGAUGCCUGGGGAGCCAGAAGUGCGGUGGACAUUAUACGCGCAUCUAUCACUGCCCCCGUGUUCCUGAGAGAACCACUCCGGGUGUAUGCGAUAGCAACUAGAUUUGGGUGGGAGGAGGAAGCGGAGCUCGCGUCGAAACAUACUCUAUCCUUGUCUCUCCACGAGGAGCAGUACCAGGAGGCGCUGCAGCGGAUCCCGACGCGGUCGUUGGUCAAGUUGUUCAAGCUGCACCGGAAGCGGAGGGAUGAGUUUCAGAUGGGUAUGGCAUGGGACGCGAGUUGUAAGGGGUGUGGUGAGUCUGUCGACGGGUCGGCGUGGACGGCGCUUGUGUGGAAGAUGUUCUGGGAAAUGGAUGCGAAGUCGUCGGGGGAUAGGCUUUGUUCGUUGGAGGUUGAGGAGUGGCCGGAAAUGCUGGCAUAUUGGAGGUGA